AUGCGAAAUCAGUUGCAGCAGACAGCAAUGGCACGCAAUGAACCGAUGGCAUCAAUCAGUCCGAAGCCGCAAACAUCAUCGAUCGUGAAGCCGCAGUGCCCAGACACCAGGCAAGAGGCUGCAACGGCAGCGCUAAGUCCAAGUCCACUAACAGCCACUGCUAAACGCCCAAUCGUCAUCAGUUCGCGUUUGGCCUCUGGCGUGGGUGUCUUUGCCGCUAAUGGUUUCACGGCUAUGGGAUUUACUACGCGUGACGGCCCGGGCUUAGCAGCUUCUUCUUCCGAUGAUGUGCUGCUCUGCCUUACAUGGUUUUUCGGUCUGAAUACGAAUAGAUUAUGUGGAAGGGGGAGGAGCUUGCAUAUUGAUCAAAUCAACGCUAUUAUGUGA